CGUUCUCAGACACUCAAAUAUCUUUAUAGGUUAUUUAAAUUCACUGGACACUGUUUACUCGUUUGGAAGAACUAUGGACAGCAUGGGGAUUUUGUCUCUUAUCUUCCUCGUCUUGUUGCAGAGUCCUGCCUCCCUCUUUCUGACAGUGAGCACCAGUAAGGCCAAGGUAGUGGUCCAUGAGAACACAGACGCUGUGCUGUCCUGUCAGUUCAAGACAGAGAAGGAGACUAACCCUCGUAUCGAGUGGAAGAAGAAAGGGAAGGACAUCACCUUUGUUUAUUUUGAUGGCAAAUUCAGCGGAUCCUUUGCAGGUCGGGCCAACAUCGAGGGUGCGACAGUGACGCUGCACGCCGUUACCCAGAAGGACUCUGGGCUGUACCGCUGUGAGGUCAGUGCUCCAGCAGACCACACCAACCUGGGAGAGAUUAACGUCACCCUCAACGUACUGGUGCCCCCCCACACCCCGUCCUGUGAGGUGCCCAGCUCAGUUUUGUCUGGGGCAGGGGUAGAGCUCCACUGUAAGGAUAAACUCAGUGUACCCCCUCCUACAUACAUCUGGUACAAAGACAACAAGGCACUGAGCACCACACACACAACUGACACCUCCUUUAGCAUGGACACUGACAAGGGAACACUGAAGUUCAAGAGUGUGUCCAAGGCUGACUCAGGCCAGUAUCGUUGCGAGGCAUCCAACAGUGUGGGGGCGCCAAAGAGCUGUGUGGCCCAUCACAUGAAGGUCAUAGAAUAUCAGUUGAGUAUGACGACACUGAUAGCCGGAGCUGUAGGUCUCUUCCUGCUCGUUGUCAUGUGCUGCCUGGGUGUGUGCCUCUGUCAUCGACGGGGCUGCUGCAAAAAGCAGGAGCAGAAAGGAAGAAGCACCAACUCCUACAAUCCACCUCCUCCUCCCACCAGAAACCCCAAGAACUACAAGCACACCCAGUCCUUCAUGAUUUGAGGGUUUCCUUUGUGAAACUCAAAUCAAAGCUUAAAGCAGUGAAAUCACAAAAAGUCCCCCUCCAACACACACACACACACACACACACACUCGGUGGAUGGAUGAGAUUGUUCAACAUACAUAUUUUAGCUUGUUUACACCGCCUAGUGGCCAAAGGAUGAUGCACAAUGAUAUAUUUGUCACACAAAAACUGUCACUUGCUGUGUGUACUCUUCUCUUUUUGUGCUUUAUAGAACAUUCUGCUGUUUAUGGCUGUAUUGAGAAGCAACGAUGUGUAUUAUUAUUGUUGUUUUACAGAGAUGCUUUUAUAAUUAUGUUUUUAAAGUAUUUGUUCGCGGCUUUGGAUGUAGCCUACAAGGUCUUUGUGUGAUGAAGGAUAUGUGAUGUUUGAACAGGUGUCUGUAUGCACUGACCAUUUUUAGAUAGCUAGUUUUUAAUUAAAGUUAUUUUACCACAUGAUGCCUAUUUGACAAAAUGAUAAGUUUGGCCAUGA